AUGGCUACAAAAUCAGGUAUUGCUGUUGGUACCAACAAAGGUAGAAAAGUUGAACAAUUGGAAAAAGCUCCAAAAAUCUCAUACAGAAAAGGUGCUUUAUCCAACAGAGCUAAAUUUGUUCGUUCAAUUGUCAGAGAAGUUUCUGGUUUAGCCCCAUAUGAAAGAAGAUUAAUUGAAUUGAUCAGAAAUGCUGGUGAAAAAAGAGCUAGAAAAGUCGCUAAGAAGAGAUUAGGUACUUUCCAAAGAGCUAAAGCUAAAGUUGAAGAAAUGAACAACAUUAUCCAAGAAUCUCGUCGUCAAGGUCAUUAG